GAAGGCAGAGUUAGCACUGUUAUGACUCACAGCGUCUUCACAGCAUCAGACCACCACCACCACCACCACCACCACCACCACCACCACCACAGCAACCACAUCAACCACAGCAGCGGGACCCAGAUUUCAGUGUCAUGUCGCUGGUUUCCCAUAGUCCAAAUGCUGAUCCGCAAGUCUUCAAAACCUAUCCAAUGGCUGCUCCUUUGGCAACCCCGGGGACAGUGCUGCCUCCAGUGGUUCACCCAGCCCCCACCACACCCCCUGUGCCGCCCACCACCCCUGCCGCAGCACCACAGCCGCCACAGCCCAGCACAACGCAGAGGGAGGGGAGGAAACAUAUCUGCGAAGUUUGCGGUAAAGAUUUUUCUCGUUCUGAUAAAUUGACUCUGCACCGUCGCACGCACACAGGAGAGAAGCCUUACACCUGUUCACACUGUGGGAGGAAGUUCGCGCGUUCGGACCAUCUUAAAAUCCACACUUUAAAGCAUCGUUUGACCCCAGAAAGCAGACGAGACUUGCUUGCAAACGCUAAGAAAUCGGCCACAGCUACAUCACAAUCCGUCGCAAAACCAACCCCCCAGACCGUUUGUGUGGACGUGGCGACGCAGGUGGAUAGCGGAGGGACAGAAGAGGAGGAGGAGGAGGACUCUGGGCUGCGGCAAGAGUGUGGAGUCUGCCGUAAAGUCUUCGGAUCAAUAUACAAACUCUCCAGACAUUUACGAACGCACACUGGCGAGAAACCAUUUUUCUGCUUUUGUGGCGAGAAAUUCAGCCGAUCGGACGUCCUACGCACACACCAGAGGAACAAGCACACGCCGAACACUCACCCUAGCCCUGAGGUGACUGACGGUUCCCCACAGCCAACGAAACCCAAGAAAACGACGAAAAAUGAAACAGUUUUUACCUGUCAAUACUGCGGAAAAGACUUUAAGGCUGGUUACAAGUUGACAGUUCAUUUGAGGUACCACACUGGAGAGAAGCCUUUUAUUUGCGACUUCUGCGGAAAAGGUUUCGCGCGUAGAGACCACAUGAAGAAACAUCGCAAAAUCCAUACGAAAGAAGGAGAUUUUGAGGAAGAAAGCUGAAGAAUGAACAUAGUAGUAGUAGUAGUAGUAGUAGUAGUAGUGGUAGUGGUGGUGGUGGUAGUAUAUACCCAAAACACACCA